AUGCAGAUGCAGCCACGCCAUUGCCCAAACAGCAGGGCCUUCGUCGGCUUGGCGCUCCUGCUGCUGCUCGUCUCCUUGGCCUCUCCGGCCAGCUCCUGCAUGGCGCAGGAGAGGAGCUCCCUCCUCCAGCUCCUCGCUGGGCUCUCGCGGGACGGCGGCCUCACGGCCUCCUGGCGGAGGGAUAGGGACUGUUGCUCCUGGGAAGGGAUCACCUGCGGCGGUCCCGAUGGGGCGGUCACCAAUGUUUCGCUGGCUUCUCGAGGCCUCGAGGGCUCUAUCUCGCCUUCCCUUGGCAACCUCACCGGCCUCCUCCACCUCAACCUGUCGCGCAACUCGCUGUCCGGCGGCUUGCCGUUGGAGUUGGUGUCAUCGAGCAGCAUCGUUGUCCUUGACGUCAGCUUCAACCGCCUGACUGGAGGGCUGAGCGAGCUGCCACCUUCAGCACCUGCGCUGCCUCUGCAGGUACUCAACAUCUCGAGCAACCUGUUUACAGGAAGGUUUCCAUCUGCUAUAUGGGAGGUGAUGAAGAGCCUGGUCGCGCUCAAUGCCAGCACCAACAGCUUUACUGGGCAGAUACCAGUUACCCCCUGUGUGAGCGCGCCAUCUUUGGCCGUGCUCGAACUCAGUUUUAACGAAUUCAGUGGAAAUAUCCCUCCAGGGCUCAGUAAUUGCUCCGUCCUGGAACUGCUCGGUGCUGGCUACAACAACCUCAAUGGGACUCUUCCAGAUGAGCUCUUCAAAGUUACCUCGUUAGAGCACCUCUCGUUGCCUAGCAAUGGUUUAGAAGGUGCUGUCAAUGGCAUCAGCAAGCUAACAAAUCUGGUCACCCUUGAUCUUGGGGGGAAUGAGUUCAACGGCAGUAUUCCAGAGUCUAUAGGUGACCUGAAGAGAUUGGAGGAGCUGCAUUUGGAACACAAUAACAUGUCAGGGGAGCUGCCAUCAGCUCUGAGCAACUGCACAAAUCUCGUAACAAUUGACCUCAAGAGCAACCAGUUCAUUGGAGAACUUACCAAGGUCAACUUCACAAGCCUGCCCAAUCUGAAAGUUUUGGAUCUUCUCUACAACAACUUCACCGGCACAGUUCCAGAAAGCAUAUACUCCUGCAGCAGGCUGACUGCAAUACGGCUAUCUAGUAACAAUUUCCAUGGCCAGUUGUCAGAAAGAAUAGGCAAUCUGAAGUCCCUCGCAUUCCUAUCACUUGUUAACAACUCCCUUACAAAUAUCACAAGCACACUUCAGAUCCUUCGGAGUUCCAGGAGCCUCACCACCCUUCUUCUUGGGUUCAACUUCAUGCAUGAGACCAUACCAGAGGAUAUCAACAUUGAUGGUUUUGAGAGUCUUCAGGUUUUUUCGAUGAAUGAUUGUUCAUUGUCUGGAACAAUUCCUCAUUGGUUAUCAAAGCUACCGAAUUUGGAGAUGUUAUUUUUACACAACAAUCACCUCACUGGGUCAAUACCUGACUGGAUCAGCAGCCUAAACUUGCUCUUCUAUCUAGACAUAACAAACAACAGCCUUACAGGGGAAAUUCCAAGUGCCUUAAUGGAGAUGCCAAUGCUGAAGUCAGACAAAACUGCACCAAAGGUCUUUGAGCUGCCUGUUUAUAAUAAGAGCCCAUUUAUGCAAUAUCGCAUGCCCAGUGCUUUUCCUAAAGUACUGAAUCUAGGGCUGAAUAACUUCACUGGUGUGAUACCUGAGAAGAUUGGCCAGUUGAAAGGACUCGUUUCCCUCAACCUGAGCUCCAACCAACUAUCUGGAGAGAUCCCAGAAGCCAUCUGCAACCUCACGAACCUGCAGGCACUCGACUUGUCUGGUAAUCAUCUCAUUGGUACAAUUCCAGCUGCACUAAACAAUCUGCACUUCCUUUCGAAAUUCAACAUUUCCAAUAAUGACCUAGAAGGAUCUAUUCCAGCUGUGGGCCAGCUUAGCACGUUUCCAAAUUCUAGCUUUGAUGGCAACCCAAAAUUGUGCGGUCAUAUGCUUGUGAACCAUUGCGGCUCAGCUGAAACACCUCUGAUCACCCAGAGAAGAAAGAAAAAGAAGGGUGUUUUUGCACUUGCAUUUGGUGUGUUUUUUGGAGGGGUGGCCGUUCUUUUCUUGCUGGCUCGUCUCCUUUUCUUGCUCAGGGGUACAAACUUCAUGAGCAAAAGGCAGAGCAACAACAACAAUGACAUAGAGGCAACAUCUUCAAAUCUCAAUUCAGAAUACUCCUUGGUGAUAGUUCCACGAGGCAAGGGAGAACAAAACAAACUCACACUGACGGAUCUCCUGAAGGCUACAAAGAACUUUGACAAGGAUCAUAUCAUUGGCUGUGGAGGUUAUGGGCUAGUCUACAAGGCUGAGCUACCUGAUGGCUCAAAGGUCGCCAUAAAAAAGCUCAAUAGUGAAAUGUGUCUGAUGGAAAGGGAAUUCAGUGCAGAGGUUGAUGCACUCUCCACAGCAGAGCAUGACAAUCUUGUACCAUUCUGGGGUUACUGCAUACAGGGAGAUUCAAGACUACUGAUAUACUCCUACAUGGAGAACGGUAGCCUGGAUGAUUGGCUUCACAACAGAGACACUGAUGACAACUCAUUUCUUCACUGGCCGAUACGGCUGAAGAUUGCACAAGGAGCAAGCCAGGGUCUAUCUUACAUCCACGAUGUAUGCAAGCCUCACAUUGUUCACCGUGAUAUCAAGUCGAGCAACAUCCUACUAGACAAGGAAUUCAAAGCUUAUGUUGCAGACUUUGGGUUAUCCAGAUUGAUCUUCCCCAACAGAACUCAUGUGACAACUGAGUUGGUUGGUACUCUCGGUUACAUCCCCCCAGAGUACGGCCAAGGAUGGGUGGCUACAUUGAGAGGUGAUAUGUACAGUUUUGGUGUGGUCCUGCUUGAACUGGUAACGGGGAGGCGGCCUGUUCAAAUCUGUCCCAGGUCAAAAGAGCUUGUCAAGUGGGUACAGGAGAUGAGAUCCAAAGGGAAGCAGAUUGAAGUCCUGGAUCCAACACUUCGAGGCACAGGAUAUGAAGAGCAGAUGAUGAAGGUGCUUGAAAUUGCUUGCCAGUGUGUGAACCACAAUCCUGGCGUGAGGCCAGCCAUACAGGAGGUGGUAUCUUUCCUGAACAGCAUAGACGCUAACCUUCAGAAGCAAAAUUCAGUUAGCUCACAAUGUAGAUAG